AUGGUAAGGCAGCUACGGUGGCUAGAGGCGACGAUGGGGGUGGAUGAUGAUGAUACAUUCAACGCCGACGACGAGGAAAAGAAUAAAGGAAACUGCAAGGAUUCAACCUCCUUUUUUUCUGCAUAUAUAAACCAUUCCCCCAAUUCAAUCUUAAUUCAUCGUCUCCUAUCAUUGCAAACAUAUAACCAAAUCAAAUCGAUCAGUUCAUAUUCAUCAAACAUGAAUUCCAUCUUCAGUUGUUUCGAUGCUUUAUCUGCGGAAAUCAUGUGUCAAUCUUUGGGUUCCUUUAGAAUCAAGAAUCCUGGUUCUACCAUUCAAGAUGAUCAAAAGAAGGUGACGCCGGAGACAACCAAGAACGCCGAUUGUCGCCGGAGUAAAAGGGGUUCCGGUGCUCGUUGGGCGCCGGAAUUGGAUGGCCUUCAUUGCUUUGAGUCUCUGGUUUUUCAUUAA